AUGGCCACACCCUUAGAUGGAGAAAAAAUGGUGGCUUUUGCUGCUAACUUCAUAUGGUCGACUUUAUGGAGACAUUCACUGGAAGCAAUUUUUCAGCAACUUGCCCUUCUGGUCUCGCAGGACUACGAGUAUCCCAACCACCCGCAGUCCACACAGCACCAGAAAAAUGACCGCUGCCCACCACCCCCUCAGAUGCUCCCAGAAAGGGCCUGUGAGGUGCCAGGCUGCCGCUCGGACUCAGAGUGUGAGCGCCAUAAACGCUGCUGCUACAACGGCUGCAUCUAUGCCUGCCUGGAAUCCGUUCAGCCCCCGCCAGUCCUCGACUGGCUGGUGCAGCCCAAGCCUCGGUGGUUAGGGGGCAACGGUUGGCUACUAGAUGGUCCAGAGGAAGUGCUGCAGGCCGAGGCGUGCAGUACAACAGAGGAUGGCGAUGAACCUCUCCACUGUCCUACGGGAUAUGAAUGCCACAUCAUCAACCCAGGAAAUCCUGCCGCUGGAAUCCCCAACCGGGGACAGUGCAUCAAGCAGCGUGCCAACUCUGAUGGACGGGGUCUAAGGCACAAAUUUUUCAAGGACUACAAGGACUACUUAGGUACCAGCACAAACAACGCAGGAGGCUACGAGAAGCAUCACAAGCACAUGGGAUAAGCAACAUGUACCCCCUUUUUUUUCCUGCUUUCAGACUACAUUUUACAUUUUAUGUUGUAACCUCUCAAAUUAAACUGACAUCCCAGCUCCAGCACUUACACUUGCGUAAAGGCUGCUUUUCAUCACACUUCAGUCAGAAGAGAUUAAAAGCUACUACCUCCUCUAUUCUCCUCACAAAGCCGUAACCUCAGGCACGUUACUAUCUCACAGCCAAAGAAAGAUGGAACUUUGACACGUUAAGUGUCAUCUUUGAGUAAAGGAGAAGGAGAGAAGUAGUGAGGGUAUCAAUGCUGCUAACCAAAUAUCUCAAAAGGAAAAAAAGAUUAAUAAUAUAUAUUUUCCAUUGUCCAUGUAUGUAGUUUUUAUUCUUUCAACAUAGCAAUAAUCUGUAUUGAAUAAUAAAUUGUGUGGAGGGGCUAUUUUGUUCAAGAAAUAAUUAGAAAUAGGGAUGGGCAUAAUAAAUGAUGGUGUUAAAUUGA